ACAAACUGUCGUUAGAAAAUGUUGUGUUGAAAUACUCUUUUAUGAAAAGAUAAAUUGUGUAUUCUGAAGCAGAGGGAAUUUCAACUCGAAUUUUCAAUAUUUUUGAUGGAUAGAGAGAAAAGUACACCUGUUCCAAUUUUUAACUACAGGAAGAGACCAAGGCAAGCAGUAAUUGCUGAUCCUCAGGAUGGACAUUCUAUUUCAAACAAAUAUCAAGGUUUGAUGCCAGUUGGUGGAUUUGAAAACAAGUCAAGAAAUAACAGUCAAGGUUUCCAGAGGUUCUCAGCUUUACAGAAUGGUCAAAUCAGUGAAAGGGGAGAUCAACCAACACAUCCCUUUCAUCAAAGAAACCAUGGUAACCAGCAGGGAAAUGGCCAAAAUCCAAUCACUCAGUCAAAUACUGGAGCAUCAUUCUCCACAAAUAGAAAUUCUUUUUCUGGUGUAAAUCAAAUGGGAGAUUCUUCCAGAUCAAUGAAACAGCAAACUAAGGGAAAUAACUCUGUAUCACAUCAGCAUCAGGGUGUUCCUUACCUAAAAGGAGGAUAUGCAAGUCAAAAUAAGACAAGUUAUGUUGAUCAGAGUAAAGUCAACCAACCAAGAAGAUUGCCAAGUGCUACGAUCACAUCUGCAAAUCAAAGAAUAUGUAGUACUAGUUCUGGACUCCAGUAUGGCCAGGAACAAGGAAACAAUAGAAAUCAGCAGCAAAACUUCCAACCAGCACACACUCCAACAGUUAAAACAUAUCAUGGUCUUCAAAAUAAUCAACAGAAUUAUAGAAAUUAUAAGCAAAAUACUCAGCAGAGCUAUGGAUAUGCAAAAAACACUCAGCAGAGCUAUGGAUCAGCCCAAAACACUCAGCAGAGCUAUGGAUCAACAAAAAACACUCAGCAGAGCUAUGGAUCAUCAAAAAACACUCAGCAGAGCUAUGGAUCAUCAAAAAUCACUCAACAGAGCUAUGGAUCAGCCCAAAACACUCAACAGAGCUAUGGAUCAGCCCAAAACUCUCAGCAGAGCUAUGGAUCAGCACAGCAACAAGGUUAUCAACAGAAUUCAAAAAUUAAUCAACAAAAUAAACCUUUUAACAAAGUUGCAAUGCCAAGUAUGUUUCAACAAGAAAGUGGUACAAGUCCGUCUACUGGAGGUAUUCCUAUUGACAAGAGUCCAGCUAGGGGUGUUGUUUAUCCUGGAGAGUCAAAGGUUUUUAGUAAUGGAUCCCAAACCAGAGGUAGCUUUCAGAAAGAGAAACAGCAGAACAAAAAGCCCAGUGAGAAGAAGAUAGACCCAAGUUUACAUGUGAUGACUCUUCAUGCCUCAAGUGUUCCUCACUGGGCCAAGUAUAGAGAUAACAUCAAUAUGAUAUUUGAAGUCUUUGGUAUCAUUGAUUCAACUGUUAUCAGAGAUGCUACAGACACCUACAAAGAGUUUAUACUGAGAGAUGAACAACAUCACUUGAAGUGUGUCUUCUAUGAGAUAGAUAGAGAAUUACAAAAGUUAAUAAGAGGACACUGGCAAAGAUGUGUUGGUACAUAUGAUAUCAAAAAUGGAUGUUUUAAGUGUGUAUCUGUUAGAGCUGCUUCUAUGGAGGAGAAAAAUCAUGGACAACAGCUGGCGAAAUCUACAAAUGAAUUAUUAAAACAGAUUACUAGACAUUUACCAGAACAGUGAACAUAAUUCUAAAUCUUAUUGGAGAAAUGGUUGUUAUUUCCAUGAAACUCUGGGGAAAAAAGCUGGACAUUUUUUUUUCAAACCUCAAUUUAAUAGAAAUCAGUAAAAACUGAUAUUUUCAGAAUACAUGUAUUAAAAACUAAUUCAUAAAUGAGGCACUAAGCUAUUCACAUAUGUGAUGACCAACAAUAGUGAGUUAGACUAUCAUGAAAUGGCCUUGCUUGAACCUUACCAGUAUAAAUUUGAGGGCCAAAAAUAUACCAUCUGUUUUCACAUGUUAACUGAUGAAGAAUGAACAACAAUCCUAAAGAAUACAAGACAUUUAAUAUUCUUUGUUCCAGAAUAUUACUACUGCUAUGCUCAGUUGUUUUCAAAACUUUAUCUUACUUUGAUAAAAAAAAUAAUUUGCAAUUGCUUGAACACAAUAAAUUACCACAAAACUGUAUUGAACCAUUCAGUAAACAUUUUCUUUUUAAUUAUUCCUAUAUACAGAUAUGUUUCUCCUUUUAAAACCAACUGAGUUAUGUCCCCUGGAAUUGAGGAAACUGCCAUUUUUUUAAUGGUUUAAUACUUUUUGGAUAAAAUCUUAAGACAGAAGUGACUAUAAUAAAUAAAAAAUAUAGUUUAGAUUCUAUUUUCUAUGAUUACAUUUGAUAAAUGAACUAUUUGUCACUGGACAUAGUCAUAAAACAAACAAUAGUCUAUCAAUCCUUUGAUAAAUUAAUUAAUAGUUUGAUACUUGGAUUUGAAUUUGGUACUACAAAUUAAAUAGUACAUGGGUUAUGCCUAUAAAAAAACUUCGUCUUCAUGAAUUGAAUUAUUUACUGUUCAUGAUUAUUUUUUUUUGGUCAUUCAAAUACCCUUAAAAGGAUUAGUUCUUAAUUAUAAUUUCCUUUUACUUGUUAGUCAAACCUAAUAUCAAUGCCUCCUCUUAUUUAGGGUAUUUUAACACAGCCUUUUCUUGAGUUAUUCCCCUUUAUCAAUAAUGCCUCUAAAUUUCUACUCCUGUAUAUAAAUUUUAUACAUGUUACAAUGAUGUGAACUACAAAGGAAUUCAGAGAGCAUCUGUUUGGUUGUGCCAAAUAUUUACUUAUUUUUACUAGUGUGCUUUUAUAUUGUUAUUAACAAAGUUUCAUGUGAUAAAAUUGUUAUAUAAUGUUAAAACUUUUUGUUGUUGAUAAUUAAUUAAAACAUUACUGAUA